CGGUCUACGUGGCCAAUGGAGGCAGCCAUAUUUGUUUAUUUCUUGAUUGAAGUUACCUUUUAAAUCCGAAUUUAUCUCCCAUCAAGAAGAACAUCGUAUAUCCUAACGUACUUCAAAAUGUUUUUGAAACAUUUAAGCAUAUUUUUUAUUCUUUUAGUGUCGUUCCAGACAGUAGGAGGCGAUGAACACACGCAUACAUACGUUGAUGCUGAAGAAGUAGUUCUGUGGAUGAAUACAGUCGGUCCUUAUCACAACCGUCAAGAAACCUACGAAUAUUUUUCCCUACCGUUUUGCCGCGGUCCUAAAGAAAAUAUUGGCCAUUACCAUGAAACUCUUGGAGAGGCUCUAUUGGGUGUUGAACUCGAAUUCAGUGGUAUUGAUAUCGACUUUAAAGGUGAUAUGAGUAAAACAGAGUAUUGUAGCGUUGAUUUAUCAGAAGAAAAAUAUCAAGCAUUUGUUUAUGCAGUUAAAAGCCAUUACUGGUACCAGAUGUAUAUUGAUGAUCUGCCAAUUUGGGGUAUUGUGGGAGAAAUUGAUGAGCACGGUGAUGGACAUUAUAUCUGGACCCACAAGAAGUUUGAUAUUGGUUAUAACGGUCAACAGAUCGUUGAUGUUAAUUUGACAAGCGAGGCCAAGGUCAAACUGACGUCAGGAGCUAAACUAUCUUUUACAUAUGAGGUGAAGUGGCAUACAUCCAAAGUCAAGUAUGAAGAUAGAUUUGAUAAAUAUUUAGAUCCAAAUUUCUUUCAACAUAGGAUUCACUGGUUUAGUAUCUUCAACUCGUUUAUGAUGGUGAUAUUUUUAGUGGGUUUAGUCAGUAUGAUAUUGAUGAGAACUUUACGUAAAGAUUACGCUAGAUAUAGUAAAGAAGAAGAUCUUGAUGAUAUGGAGAAAGACUUGGGAGAUGAAUAUGGUUGGAAACAAGUCCAUGGAGAUGUAUUCCGUCCUGCUUCACAACCGUUAUUAUUCUCAGCUCUUAUCGGAACUGGUUAUCAUAUUGGUAUUGUAUCACUAUGUGUCAUCCUGUUUGCUAUAAUUGGAGAACUUUACACUGAAAGGGGCUCAUUAUUAAGUACAUCUAUAUUCGUAUUUGCUGCUACUGCCCCUGUUAAUGGUUAUUUUGGCGGAGGAUUGUAUGCUAGAAUGGGAGGUAAACUGUGGAUUAAACAGAUGAUGGCUAGUGCCUUCUUGUUGCCAGCUUUAACUUGUGGUCUUGCCUUCUUUAUUAACUUUAUAGCUAUUUAUUAUCACGCUUCUAGAGCUAUUCCAUUUGGUACUAUGGUUGCUGUCACCUGUAUUUGUAUAUUUGUUAUAUUACCACUGACCCUGGUUGGAACAGUAUUAGGUAGAAAUUUAGCCGGACAACCAAACUAUCCAUGUCGUAUUAAUGCUGUACCCAGACCUAUUCCAGAGAAAAAAUGGUUUAUGGAGCCUGCUGUGAUUGUUGUUCUUGGUGGAAUUCUACCGUUUGGUUCCAUCUUCAUUGAAAUGUAUUUUAUAUUCACAUCGUUCUGGGCAUACAAGAUAUAUUAUGUAUAUGGUUUCAUGCUACUGGUGUUUGUAAUAUUGACUAUUGUUACUGUGUGUGUAACUAUUGUAUGUACUUACUUCCUACUCAAUGCAGAGGAUUAUAGAUGGCAAUGGACUAGUUUCUUAGCUGCAGCUUCAACAUCAGGCUAUGUCUAUCUCUAUUCAUUUUAUUAUUUCUUCUUCAAAACAAAAAUGUAUGGCUUUUUCCAAACAACGUUUUACUUUGGUUAUAUGGCUUUAUUUAGUGCAGCUUUGGGAAUCAUGUGUGGAACGUUUGGUUACAUGGGAACUAGUCUGUUUAUUCGUAAAAUCUACUCCACAGUGAAAAUUGAUUGAUGAAUUGAUAUUGUGUGCAAGGGAGAGAGCGAGAGAGAACAGAAAGAGAAAAAAUUCUGCUUUAUAAAUAACUUAUGGUGAAAAUAUAUGUCACUGUGGUGAAACUAAACUAUAAAAACAGUUUGUUAAAUAUUGUUAUAUUUGUGAUGGUGUGAAUGAAAAAGUCGGAAGAUAGAUAAUAGUUCAACUGGACCUGAGUUCUUAUGAUUUGUUACAGUUAUCGAGAGAAGUGAACAAAAUUAAUUAAAUGUGAAAAGUCGUACUUGAGGAUGGAUUGGUCAACAUCUUUUACGUACGGAACUUGGUCAACGACUUUUGACUGAACUGUGGAUAUAUUGUUUUUGUUUUCGUAUAUAUAUAUUUUGGGAUAUUUCUUUAUCAUUUGUUCUUAGUUCAUUGUUUCAGUUUAAAAUUCACAAUGAGCAAAACUCGUUUUAAAUAAACGAUUAGUUUAACAGAUUUCCUCAAGAGCUCAUUGUGAAUGGUUGUCAUGGUUACCUUUAUUUCGAUUCAUCAACAUCAGUUGGAGCACAGUUGUAAAUGCAUCACACCUUGAUCUCUUGUUAAAAUGGUACAUGGAAACUCUUGCCUUGAUCUUAAAAGGACUUAAUCAAGAUUUAGUCCAAGCUCCAAUGUGUUCUUGAACAGUUUGUAUCCGUGGAAAUUACAUCAAUCAAGGACAUAAUGGAUGGAUAUAAGCCAUGUUCCUCGACUGGUCUAAAGCUGAUAGAAUAAAAUAAUUGAUAAUAGAUGUCCUAGACUUCAGUAGAUGGUUUGAUAAUAAAUGAAAUCCUUUGAAUGGACACAAUUUGCAAUUGUUAAGCGGUAAGGAUAAGAAAACCUUGUUCAUUCAUCUGCCACACCCCAUUCUCAAACGAUCGUUACCAUGUAGGAAUGGCAACAAGAUCUUGAGACACCUACUGUUUCUGUUGACAAAUCUACAUUAAAAUGUUUAAACCUGGAAUUGACCUUAUUCUUCUCGUUCUUGAGACAACGCUCUUCAAAAAGUGCCUGGCCCUAAGUUAACAAAGAAUUUCUCAGUGUUAAGUUAAUAAUUUGAUCAAAAUUGUUCACCUUGUUUUAACUAAAAUAUAAUCUUUUAUAAAACUUUUCUUCUUUUAAUGUAUCAAAUACAUCAAUAUGAAACUAUGUGCAAAGUUUUGUGUUUCUGGAUCAAAGAUAUUUCUCAUAAACAGUGAUUAAAAGUUGAGUAAAUUCCUAACUUAUGUCUGAGAAUGCUUUGUUGACUUGGGGUCUGAGGAUUCGUUAAUUUGUGUAUGAUUGAUAUGAAACUAAAUAUGUUCUGUGGACAAUUUUGCAUUGCUUGAAGGAUUUUGAUUUUUUUAAGUCGCAAUUCCGAGAUGACUGCGAUGAUGUCUUGGACCAUAAUUUUUUGGUUCCUGGUUCAUGUAAUGUUCAUAAUCUGCUGGUUUACGUGGAGAAGAGAAUGAUUGUUUCAUAUUGAGCUUGUAAAUACUACCCUUCUCGAACAUGCCCGCAUUGACCACAAAGCUGUAAAAAAAAUAUUGUAUUAUGUAAAGCUAGUUCUGAAACUUAAGAGGGUAUUAAUUACAUGACACAGUAAGUCCUCGUCUGAAAUACAGAUCAUGCUGUUGUUUUGUAAUAAUUUAAUUUAGUUCAUACUACAUUCUAUAAAAUCUAGGAUAUUAUUCUUCAUUCCUGAAGAUUUUGUGUACAUAUAUAUAUAUAUAUAUAUAGAUUAUAAAAAGGACCACAAAUAUUGAUGUCAGAAGUUGACCCUAAUGAAUAAAAACACCAAGCCUGUCAACAUUUUUCAAAUAAUGCUGAUCAUCAGGCUUCCGAGAUUCAUAUUGUUGCCAUGAAUAUCGAUGUCAGAAGUUAACCCCUAUUUAAUAAAAACACUAGCUUGCUAAUCGGCAGGCUUCUUGGAAAUUAAACAGAGAAGUCAGCAGAUAUCAACACUAGUACACGUUGAUAACUGUUGAUUAUUUUAAAAUGGCUUUAUGGUAGGUGAUGAUACCCUGUAUACAUGUAUUAAUGGGGUUAUUGCCCAGUACUUUUGUUAUAGUAUGUUGGCAACAGAAAUUCGGUUUAAAAUCGGCGUUACUUAAGGUCAUGUUUAAUUAGUUUCAUCCUGUAUAUGACCUCUUGUGUUUUGGGUAAAAAAAUUUAGUUGUUCACGUUUGAUGUGUUGAUUUGUUUUGUGAAGUAGGGAUCUGAUUACAUUAAGAUUUUAUAUCUGCAGAUUAAGCCAAUGUUGAGAUAACUCUGAUUAGAUGUUGCAACAGGUGCUUAUCACUAUGGAUACCUGUCAUUUAACACAGGUGUUAAUACGUCAGAAGUCAUCAAGGUAGGAAUACUACCAAGUUAGGGCUAGUUGGGUACUUUACACAUCGCAAACGCAUACACAGGGGCCGAGUUGUGAGUAGUAUACACCUCCUGAAAGCUUGUGUCUACAUAGACCGAGUCGUAGUACUCACAGGUAGGGUACAUGUCUCAAGAGCAUACAUGUACUUAGUAGUGUACAUGUCUGAAGAGCAUACAUGUACUUAGUGAGUAGUGUACCAUCCUGAAGCAUAUUAUCUACUUAACAGGGUUGAUUCCAUCAAAUCUACAUCUUGUUCUACCGAGAAUGAUUGUUGUAUCCUCCUUUCACAGAUGAAAUCAACACAUCAAAUCAGUGUUAAUUGAAGUGAAUUUGCUCCUGAAGGCCACACCAUUUUGAUGAUCUGUUCUUCUGGAACACGUUAACAUUUGUUUUAUUAUUUCUGCAGGAAAAAGGCUAAUUAAAAACCCCAAAAAUACUUGGUUGCACUGUUUAAAAGCUUUUAGUUCUGAAAAUGUAAACAAAACCUUUUUCACCUGAUUCAAGUGGCUAUUUAAUUAUCAAGACCCCUGUAGAACAGAAAAUCAAAUUAGUGUGGCCUAAAUUUAAAGUUUGUACAUGUAUAUAUAUAUAUAUGACUUGAAGAAGUCAAAAUUAAUCCUUUGUACUUCAGUCAGUACUCUGCCUGUGAUUGCUGGGUUUUUGUGUUACUAUAAAUAUCUAUAUGGAGGGAUAACGUAUCGUUUGGGAUAGUAAAAUAGUUUUUAUUUUAACUUAUUAUUUACAUGUAUUGUACAUAUAUCAUAUUUUCACAUGUAUAUUUAUAUGCAAUCUGAAUCUGAUUAAAACGUUGAAAAUA